AUGUCCUUUGUCCGCACCAAAACAGCAGAGUCUGACUCGCUAAUCAGUUGUGACGGGGCGAGAACGACCAAAUGGCAAACUCCUCGCUCUGGAAACAGUGUCUUGGAGAUCCAGACAUAUCCAGAUUCUUCCAAAAUCACAAAGACUCAACGCGAUAUCCUACGCCCGCCCCUGCAUUGGCACUGGCAUCAGAAAGAGUUCUUCACAGUGACACAAGGAACCUUCAUCUUCACACUCAAUGGCAAGGAGACCAAGAUAUCUGCUACGGAUCCCAACCCGCGCAUCUCUAUAACGCCCGGUGCCCCUCACACUUUCACCCCAGACCCCUCACACAAAGGUCCUUGUGUCAUUGAGAUAUCCGCAGAAACUUCUCCUCUGUCAUCAGAAAUCACAGCCACCGAUCUUGAUUGCACUCGCCAAAACGUUUCUCCAAGUCUCCCGCAGCUCCUCUUAUUUCUGGACUCGGCUGAGGUGAGCUUGGCUUGGGAUGUAGGUCCUACAUGGUUGAUGCAUUAUCUGUCUUAUGGCUUGGGAGUCGUCGUUGGCCGCUGGAUCGGUGGAGGUCUAUUGGGGUACAAAGGAUCCUAUCCUGAGUACUACAACCCUGAGCUUAAUGAGACCAAGAAGGGAAAGUGA